AUGGCUCCGUGCCUAGGGCCCCGCCGGGACCGCGCGAGUCGGGAGGACGAGGACAGCUGGGAGGCGCGGGGGGACCGCAAGGCCCGCAAGCCCCUGGUGGAGAAGAAGCGGCGCGCACGCAUCAACGAAAGCCUGCAGGAGCUGCGGCUGCUGCUGGCGGGCGCCGAGGUGCAGGCCAAGCUGGAGAACGCCGAGGUGCUUGAGCUGACCGUGCGGCGCGUCCAGGGCGCGCUUCGUGGCCGGGCGCGCGAGCGCGAGCAGCUGCAGGCCGAGGCUAGCGAGCGCUUCGCCGCCGGCUACAUCCAGUGCAUGCACGAGGUGCACACGUUUGUGUCUACGUGCCAGGCCAUGGACGCCACCGUCGCCGCUGAGCUGCUCAACCACUUGCUGGAGUCCAUGCCGCUGCGCGAGGGCGGUAGCUUCCGGGAGCUGCUGGGGGACGCCCUGGCCCGGCCACCGGGAGCCCCUGGCCGGAAUGACCGGCCUGCGGGAGGGUCUUCAGGGUACUUGCUGCCCAGCCCCCCAGACCCUCCAGGGGACGACCUGUGCUCCGACCUGGAGGAAGCUCAAGAGGCUGAACUGAGCCGUGUGCCCGACGAGGGGCCGGACUUGGUGCCCGCGGCCCUGGGCAGCCUGACCGAGGCCCAUCUAGCCCAUGGCACCCACAGUGUCUGGAGGCCCUGGUGA